AAAUAUAAAAUAACCUCAUAAGCCAAUUUUACGAAAGAGAAAUAGUAGGCUUUGAAUUGUAUUUUUCGUAAGCACUGUCGAGAAUUUAAAUUUUAAUACGAAAGAAAAUUAACAAUUUUGUGAAAUCAGAGCUAUUCAAUAAUCUAGAAUGAAACCAACAGCCAAGACCCCCAUGAAGGUAACAAAAACGUCAUAUCAGAGGGAAUUGCGAACGCAAUCAUCGUCUUCUUCCGAACAAUCCGAAGAAACAAAUGUUGUGGCCAAAGCCAGGGAUCCAGUGCUGGUUUUUUGCCGUAUUAGACCAUUGCCUUCAGAUGGCGAUCUAUCUUGCAUUCGUGUGAGAAACUCUACCACAGUUAUCCUAGCAACACCUGAACAAGUUUUGGGUACUAAACAAGGAGCCCAAAAAGAGACCCAAUAUAUAUUUAGACAUGUAUUUGAACCACAAACAUCGCAACAGGAUAUUUUCUCCGCCGUGGCCCAACCAUUGGUGGAAAAUUUAAUAAAGGGUCGCAAUAGUUUACUUUUCACUUAUGGUGUAACGGGCAGUGGUAAAACCUAUACAAUGACUGGAGAUACCAGGCAUCGAGGCAUUAUGCCACGUUGUUUGGACGUUUUGUUUCGCACUAUUUCAGAUUAUCAAGCGAAAAAGUACGUAUUUAAGCCAGAUCGUUUGAAUGGCUUUGAGAUUCUCUCUGAAGCUGAUGCUUUGUUAGAGCGGCAACACGAAAUGAAUCAGCGUUUUAAAGGUGCACUAAAACGAAAAGAUUCAGACCCAGAAAUUGCUUCUCAGGCCUCUUGCGAUCUAACACCCUUGCCAGGUAUUGACGAGGAUAAUAUGUAUGCGGUAUUUGUUACAUAUAUAGAGGUGUACAACAACAGUGUUUAUGAUUUGCUAGAGGAAGGAAACAUCCAGAAAACUUUGCAAAGUAAGAUUAUAAGAGAGGAUGCCAAUCAUAAUAUGUUCGUACACGGCGUAACAGAAAUUGAAAUUAAAUCUGUUGAAGAAGCGAUUGAAGCUUUUCAAACUGGGCAAAAACGUAAACGCAUGGGUCAUACGGUUUUAAAUGCUGAAUCUAGUCGUAGUCACUCAGUGUUUAAUAUACGCUUGGUUCAGGCUCCUACCGAUUCGCAAGGAGAGCAGGUUUUACAGGACAAACGUACUAUUACAAUUGGUCAAUUGUCUCUAGUAGAUUUAGCUGGCAGCGAACGUUCUUCACGCACAAAAAAUACUGGUUUGCGUUUAAGAGAAGCUGGCAACAUAAACAACUCACUGAUGACUCUGCGUACGUGUUUGGAAUAUCUGCGUGAGAAUCAGCAGCAGACAAAUGCAGCUCCAAAAAAGAUACCAUAUCGCGAUUCAAAGGUAACUCAUCUUUUUAAAAAUUACUUCGAUGGUGAAGGUCAAGUGUCAAUGAUUGUCUGCAUAAACCCCAGAGCGGAGGAUCACGAUGAGAAUGCUCAAGUUAUGAAAUUUGCGGAGAUGACACAAGAGGUACAAAUAGCACGAGCAAUACCAAUCAAAGCAGAUCUUGGCUUGACACCGGGUCGUCGCAAGGCCAAUAAAAUGUUCAAAAUUGCUGUUAAUAAUUUGAAUGAAUUGGGUCACAGCGAAGCCAAAAAGCUUGAUGUCGAUAUAGGCUUGGUGUAUACACUAGGUUCCGAUUUUCCGCAAUAUAAAAUCGAUAGUCCACAGGCUGAGUCAGCUAUACAACAACUAAUGCAAUAUCUAUUACAACGCAUAGAAAAAAGAAAAGUACUCAGCAGCGAUUUAGAGACACGAUGCGAUCGUUUUCGACUACAUUUAAUGCAAAUGGAAAAAGAAAAUUUGUCGUUGCGUUGUGAAUUGGCCUCACUGAAGGCUGUUUACAAACAAGAGCGCGACCGUUCAUCUGCUUUGGAAAACAAAAUACGUGUACAUGAAAGCUCCAUAGACGUUCUUAAUAAUAAGGUAAAAAAUCGCGAACGUCAAAUUGAUGAUUUAACGCGUCAACUUAGAGGUCAACAGAGCCUUUUGGAUAGAAAGGAGCAAGAGAAAGAACAUCAAAAGAAAAAAUUUGAUUCAAAACUAGCAGUAGAGAUGGAUAAGCGUAACCGUUUACAUGAAAUGAAACAUGCAAAGUUGCAGGAUAAGAUACGUGUCAAGGAUGAAAAGCUCCGUUUGCUUUCAAAUAUUAUACAAUCUGACGAAUUGCCAAAACGACUACGUCGAUCUCAGAGUUUAGAUAAUCUUAGCGAUGCUAGUAACAGUAAGGAACAACGGCCAGCUAUUGAGUCGGUACGAAUCACUCCAGCAAGAACCGAAAUAGCUACACCCCGUAAUGAAUUGUAUUUUACGCCCAGAGUUGGCAGAGGUAUGGCUGCUGCUAAUAAACGUCACCGUCGCUCUCGUUCUACCGGUGAGAAAUGGAUAGAACAUCGCGCACCAAAUCCUGUGCCGUUGGGGACGGUUUUACAACCAUAUUUAAAGAAUCGUAAAUCUGUAACAAAACUUACAGAUAUGAAAGAUCUUACCGGCCAGAGAGCUAAUAAAUAUCUGCUAGUUUCACAAGAAGCGGACACUGAUGGCGAUGUUGAAACAAAACUCUUCAAAGGAAAUAUUAUUCCUACAUGUGGUGGUGGUGCCCAAGUCGUAUUUGAUGAUGUCGAAUGCCUUAAACAAAAAUCGCCUGUACCCUCACCGAACCGUAAAAGACCCAGUGCUGGAGGUAAUGGGGCGUCAAGCAACAUGAAUACCGUAUUAGCUGCUCUAUCAACGAUUAACACCAUAGAUACUGUAGAGUUAGCCUCGCGAUGUAAUGUUGGCAUUGAAGGUCACAUUGUUAAACGUACUAAAAUUUAAACACCACUUGUUAACCCACUCUAACUUUUUUUCUUUUUCUUUAAAUUUAUAUUCUUGCAUAUAAGUGUUCUGGUGUAUGCCUGUAUGCACCUGACAAUUUUUCAGGAAUUUGUUACUAUAAUUAGUUUUCGAUAUAUAUUAUUAUAAUUAUUUUUAUUAUAA